AUGGAAUGCCCACUGUCACGCCUGCCCUUUGCCAGCAUUGUGGUGGAAGAGGAAAAUGGUGACGACGUGGGCGUUGCGGAGGCGCACCAAGCCGUGCCAGGGCGUACCGGCGAUGUUCUGACCUGCGAAGUGGACGCGAUGCAGCAGUCGCCCCAGCAGCACCGUGUUCACUUCGCCGCCUUGCGUGCCUCGAAAGCAGGAGUCGUGCACGCGGUGCACGAUACCACCCCAGCGUGGCACGAACGUGCGGCAUCCCCAGCCAGCAACAGUAGCCAGGUGACACAUGGACUUCGACUCGCACUCAGCGUUCCUGGCGCCGUGACUGCCGCGGGUUCAAGCACGCACAGCUCCUCCUCGGAGAGCAAGGGCACGGUGUCUUUCAGCCGCACUCUGCACCUGAGAUCGACCGCAGGGCCACCACAAGCACCCACCGAGACACCAGUUCAGCCCUCACCACAACGAGUGCAGCCCAAUACGUCCUCGUCACGGCAGAGAACGCUGACGGACGGCGCUGACGCAGAAGGGAGUGUAACGCGCACAGUAUCCUCGUCCAAGACGACAGCCGCACCAAAACACCGUAGUGCUGCUCGUGAGUCGCGCAGAGGCGGAGGUCACACCGACGUGUCGGCCUCAAAGCGUACCCAUGCACGGCCAGUGCAGCAGUCUGCAGCCUCUGCAGCGGAAACAGCACCGCGCUCCGCUGCAUCCGUGCCACCAUCGUCGCCGCUCGUGUCUGCCUCACCAGAAGAGAGGGCAGCAGAGGCACACCGGCUCGCGGUGCAGGCGGCCCGUCCGUCCAGCCUCUCCGUGUGCUUCGACUGGUGGAUGUAUCUGUGCUACUACGACACCCACGCACUCUUCACGUCGCAGGCAGCUGCCUUUGAGGCGCCGCUGCGUCCCGUCGCCGCCGCCACCGCUGGCGUGUUCUACGCGGCGCUCACCCGCUGCUUUGCUGCGUGGCGCCGUCAGCACUGGGACUCGCUGGUGGUACUGCGCGGCGUCGAGCCGGUCGACGCUGGUGCGCGUCGCCGUGGCACCGUUACUGCGAAGCGCGCAGUACGCGAUCUGGCGCUGCUCGAGUACGCCAACGCGGUAUGGUAUGAGAGUCUGCGGGUGCAGCGGCUGAUGGUGCAACUGCUGCUUUCUGGCAACAAUGGAAGCUGGUCAUUUGAUGUGGGGUGCUUCGAUGCCCUACUCACUGCACUCGGGGCCCCGCCAUCGGUGGAGUCGCCCCUGUGCCCUGCACCUCCGGGGCCUGCCACCGUCAUGCCCCCGUAUCAUGUGGCACCAGCCCCUCCCAGCGGGAUGGCGGGCACCGCCGCCAACUCUCCCACGACUCUCGUUACAGUGACACGCAAGGACGCCGCGGCUGCGCCGCUGCCAACAGACGGCCUCUCCAUCCGCGUCCCUACCGCGACUCGCAUGCUCUCGCUUCUUCACGUGCUCGAUGUGUUGUGGAGCACGCUGCCCACGUCCAUCCCAUUCCGCAUGCCCGUGUCGGAGAUGGAGGCACCUGGCUACUACCGCAGCACCCGUGAUCCCGUGAGCCUCUGCCAGCUGUAUGAGGAAGCUUUCUGUGGAAUGACUGCACCGACGCACCGCGCGUGCGUGCGCCAGCGCGCCAACAUUACCCGCCGGCUGCUAGAAGUGCAAGCGUGUCCACCUGGUCGCAUCGGCAGCGGGAACGCUGUGGGAGAGGAGGUGCAGUCAUUCUUUUUCAGCCACACGCACCUACGCGGACGGCUCACGACUCUCAAGACAAACUGCGAUGACUACAACGGCGGCGGGAGCGAGCUGAGCCAGCAGGCGAGUGCGCUGCUCAGCGCAGGCGUCAAGGCGCUGCGGGACUCGCAGGCCGAAGAAGACAAUCAGACAGCGUACCAGGUGCGAGAGGAAGCGCACGUGAGGGAGGCACCGCUCGCCGCAUCAGACGAGCAUACCGCACGGCAGCCGGACACUGCAGGUGCGCGCUUUCUGCAGGACUUGCCGAGUUUGUUCCCUCCUAGCGAGGCGGCAGUCGUGGUGCCUCCCAACCUGCGACACCCCCCUCCCAUAGGCGAGCAUACUGCCGACGUCAACAGCGCAAGCGGACAUGGGGAAGGCAGCCGGCACAGUCGCGUACUGCACCUCCGCACAGCGAACCCAAACAAUGCUGCUGCCAGCAUCUCGCCCCCCACCCCCAACCACGAGCUGAAAGACUUCUGGGUGCAGUGCGAUGACUGCAACGCGUGGCACAAGCUAGCGACGCGCCUCGACCCGGUCCCUGACACGUGGGCGUGCGGCUUUCUGGGACUUCGCUGCUCAUCACGCAAGAAGCACCAGGCGGACAGACGCACUCUCAAGAAGGCCACCACGGAAGGUAAGAAGCGGACAAGGACGUCUGCGCGGCGACACCGUGGAGCCGGAGACGGUCCGAAAAUCGACGGCACCGACGCAGCUCCAAACGCCGUCACGGCGGCACCACACAAUCGCGGCGGGCAGGGCGACGACAGGGGUGCUGGUGGUGGUGACGACGACGUACCGCUCGUAGAUAUGUUCCCGGUGGCGGCGGGGGCUGCUACGGUCGAUGCCACUGCAAAACCGCUAAAACGCCGGCGCUCAACGCCACGGCAGCCGCGCACCAUUCGUCAGAAGCCGAAGAAAGCGCGUGUGGCGGUGCCCACGCCGUCGUCCUCAUCAUCGUCCUCGUCAUCGUCGUCAUCGUCGUCGUCGGGAAGCUCCUCGGGCAACGACUCAAGCAGUAGCAGCAAGAGUGAUAGGAACGACUCUGGGCACGACUCCGACUCUGGCCUCAGUGACGGCGGCAAAGGCAAGGCAGCCCCAGCUCAGCGUAUCUCGCCUGCACCCCGGCAAGCAAAGUCAUCUACCGUCGCUACCCACAAACUUCCACAGAGCGCUGCCGUGACCGGCACCAUCGGAACGUGCUCCGCCACUGCGGCGGCGGCUAAGGCCACUGGGACCGGCGCUUCUCAUACGGCAGGCACGACGCUGCAGCAGCUGAUGCAGGCAGUGGCAGAGCUGGAGGGGCGACCGCUACAGGAUAAGCCGUUCGAUCAGCUGGAGGAUAUCAAGAGACUGGACAAGCGACUCAGCGCCAUGGACUGA